UCGUCGUGGUCGGUGUGAACGCUGCCGCUCACAGAAAGUAAACUUGGUAUGGCAGUGGCGGCGCAGUGUUGCUCCGUGCGGCGCGCAGACCGGUCCGCCAUGUCGCGCUGACAUCUCGCGCACCUCCUGUCAAACUGACAACUAUCUCACUGACAACCAUCGACUGACAAGUGAAACAAUGUGGCCAGUGCUCAGCCUCCUCGCCGGCGCCUUCCUGGCGACCGCGCACGCACAGACUACAGAGAGCACGGGGGAGUUCUCCCCAGUGGUUACAGCGACAUGCAAGACUGGUGUUAUGGCGAUCCACAUCCAGUUCAACCAGCCGUUUAAUGGUGUUACACAUGCCAGAGAAUUCAGGACUCCAGCGUGCAUGGCUUUAGGAAAUGGCACCGAGUCUCUGAGUUUCGAUAUCAAUCUGAUGGCACCUCAAGGAGCGCCCGAUUACUGUGGCGUGUUUUGGAAUAACCGCACAGAUGAACGCUCGUUGCCGCUAGCAGUUCGUGUGCACCGAACCUUAGAGCUGGCCGAUGACAAAUUCUACGUAAUCACUUGCGGCAAGGCAGGAUUCAGAAAUGCUCGAAACGAAACUUCGCUCGUAUCGCUGCGAAUGUUGGACUCGCAAGGUCGAAAAGUAUUGAAUGCGGGAUUUGGUCUUCCGUACACGCUCCGAGCCGAAAUCAGCAAGCCUGAUGGAGCACACGGAAUACGUUUGAAGAAUUGUUUUGCUUUCAACAUGCGGAACUAUACAGCUGAUCUUCUAGACAAUAGAGGAUGUCCUAUGAAGCAACAGUCCCUUGUAGUAAAGUCCGAAACGGGUGCGGCCGAGCUCGCGAUAGCGUCCAUGUUCCGGUUUCCGGACUCCUCACAAGUCAACUUUCAAUGCGAUAUCGCUAUUUGCAAAGGCACGUGUUCUGUAAUCGACUGCAGUACGGAGGCACGUUACGAGAAAGGCGAUGAGGAGAGCACAGUCACCGCGUCCGCUGGCAUUUUCGUGCUGGACCCCAACGACAAUGGAGUGGCAGCACUAGCGUGUUCGGACGGCAGCGUGCGUCCUCUCUGGCUGCUGUACCUGGCCAUCGCGCUCGGCGUCAUGUUCAUCGUGAUGCUGCUCGUCAACUGCUUCCUCUGCACCGCCAUGACGUGCUCAUGCGCGAGAACCGAUGUGAUUGAAAAGGACCCAUCAGUGGUGGAGGAUUACGACCCGUACCGCAGUUGGCACGGCAGUCAAUAUGGAAGCCGAUACCCGUCCUCAACUAUUCACUCAGCAAGGUCCGUAUCGGACAACAGUGACCACUACGCGAUAGUGCAAUCAAGGCCGGGCAGUCGACAUUCCGGCAUGCACCGAAAUAGACAUUAAUCAGAUAAUGAAUAAAUGCAAGCGGAGGCAUUAACGAAACCUACGAACGUUGGUACAUUAUUUAGAUAUCAUCUUAGUCGAUUUACCAAAACUGACCGAUUAUCUUUUUGGAUAUCUAAGUAUAUAUUAUUCUAACUUAAAUUAAACUACAUACCUAUCUACUUAAUUACAAUAACAAUGUAAUAGUAAUGGUGCUUUGAAUCUCAAAUAAUAAACAAUUUACUAGACAAGCGAUGUUACCUUUAUAAAAGAAAUACGUUCAAUCGUUCAGAUGAAUUUAACUUGUGCCAUUUUAUAUGCAUGUACCUUAUAUGGUUUGUAAGAUUAUAGGCAAUAUUUUAUGAUAUUAUUGUUAAUUGUAACAAAUUGAAUACCUGAAUCGAUACAACGAAUCCGUCCAAAUUCAUGUGUCAAUUAUUUAAAUUCAUAUUAAUGAUAUUAUAGAAUAAAAUAACGAAAAUUAGGUCCUAACUAAGUAAAAUUUAAUCUAUUUUUAAGGUUGUGUUUGUACAUUUAUUUGUAAAAGUAUUGUUAGGCAUUUAAUAAUUGUGAUUUUAUGACGCACUGACUUAAAUUCCGCAAUGUUGUAGACAGUAAAAUAAUGUAAAAAAUAUUGAUGAACUGUCUCUUAAAAAUAUCUAGAAAGUUUCAUAUUUUUGCUAUGAACAUACAUAAAAAUACUUAUAUGAAAGUAAGUAAAACAAUUCAACCUUUUGAUAGAUAGAGGUUAAAAUAGCACUUAAUUGACUCGUUUUAGAAUAAUCGGUUAUUUCUAUUGAAACCUUAGUUGUACCUAGAUAGUAAUAAAAACAAAUACCACAUCAUCACUGUGAAAUAAUAUUUAAAUAAUAGUGUAAAUUGCUUAAACGUAAUUAGGAUAUUAAUGAAGUGAAUUAUUAGUUUUAAGCGAGAGUGCGUCCAUUAUGUGGCUAUGAGUUAGCACUUGAAAAUGGACAUGUAUUUUGCGAGUACGAAUUUUUGAGUAAUAAGAAGUAUUAAAAAAGGAAUGUGUCUGUGUGAAUAUACUAUAAGUUCCGAACUUACGCUAUAAUAAGUGUGUAUUUGGGUGUGAAACCAAUAAAUUCUUUUAACACUG